CCGUCCCUCCCGCCGCCGCCAAGAUGUCGCGGCCGCUGUCGGACCAGGAGAAGAGGAAGCAGAUCAGCAUCCGCGGCAUCGUGGGCGUCGAGAACGUGGCCGAGCUCAAGAAGGGCUUCAACCGGCACCUGCACUUCACGCUCGUCAAGGACCGCAACGUGGCCACCCCCCGCGACUACUACUUUGCGCUGGCGCACACCGUGCGCGACCACCUCGUGGGCCGCUGGAUCCGCACGCAGCAGCACUACUACGAGAAGGACCCCAAGCGCAUUUACUACCUGUCCCUGGAGUUCUACAUGGGCCGCACUCUGCAGAACACGAUGGUGAACCUGGGCUUGGAGAACGCGUGUGAUGAAGCCAUUUACCAGCUGGGGUUGGACUUGGAGGAACUGGAGGAGAUUGAAGAAGAUGCUGGGCUGGGAAACGGAGGCUUGGGCCGCUUGGCAGCUUGCUUCCUGGACUCCAUGGCCACGCUGGGGCUGGCAGCCUACGGCUACGGCAUCCGCUAUGAGUUUGGUAUCUUCAAUCAGAAGAUUGUUGAUGGCUGGCAGGUGGAGGAGGCUGACGACUGGCUGCGCUAUGGCAAUCCCUGGGAGAAGGCGCGCCCGGAAUACAUGCUGCCCGUGCACUUCUACGGCCGCGUGGAUCACACCCCGCAGGGAGCGAAGUGGAUCGAUACCCAGGUUGUGCUUGCUAUGCCUUACGAUACGCCUGUGCCAGGGUACAGGAACAACACGGUGAACACCAUGAGGCUGUGGUCUGCGAAAGCACCUAACGACUUCAAUCUGCAGGAGUUCAAUGUGGGUGACUACAUCGAGGCUGUGUUGGACAGAAACCUGGCAGAAAACAUCUCCAGAGUCCUGUACCCGAAUGACAAUUUCUUCGAAGGCAAGGAGCUGCGGCUGAAACAGGAGUACUUUGUAGUGGCUGCUACCCUCCAGGACAUCAUCCGCCGCUUCAAGUCAUCCAAAUUUGGCUGCCGAGAUCCUGUAAGAACGUCCUUCGAGACCUUCCCAGACAAGGUAGCUAUUCAGCUAAAUGAUACCCACCCAGCCCUGGCCAUUCCGGAGCUCAUGCGGAUCCUGGUGGACGUGGAGAAGGUGGACUGGGACAAAGCCUGGGAGAUCACCAAGCGCACGUGCGCGUACACCAACCACACCGUGCUGCCUGAAGCCCUGGAGCGCUGGCCGCUCCCCAUGUUUGAAAAGCUGCUGCCACGUCAUCUGGAGAUCAUUUAUGCCCUCAACCAAGAGCAUCUGGACCGUGUGGCAGCUCUCCAUCCGGGGGACAAUGACCGUCUCAGGAGGAUGUCGGUGAUUGAGGAAGGGGCCUGCAAGCGCAUCAACAUGGCGAACCUCUGCGUCAUCGGCUCCCAUGCGGUCAACGGCGUGGCCCGUAUCCACUCGGACAUCGUGAAGAGCUCAGUAUUCAAGGAUUUCCAUGAGCUGGAGCCAGAGAAGUUCCAGAAUAAGACGAAUGGGAUCACACCGAGGCGCUGGCUCCUGCUCUGCAACCCAGGACUAGCUGACAUUAUUGCUGAGCAAAUCGGAGAAGAUUUUAUCACGGAUCUGAGCCAACUGAGGAAGCUACUAGAUUUCGUGGAUAAUGAGAGCUUUAUCAGGGACGUGGCAAAAGUCAAACAGGAGAACAAGUUGAAGUUUUCGGCCUACUUAGAGGAGAAGUACAAGGUCAAGAUCAACCCCUCCUCCAUGUUCGAUGUUCAGGUGAAGCGAAUCCAUGAGUACAAGCGGCAGCUGCUGAAUUGCCUCCAUGCUAUCACCCUCUACAACCGCAUCAGAAGCAAUCCAUCCCAAUCCUUCGUGCCCAGGACUAUCAUGAUUGGAGGAAAGGCAGCCCCUGGCUACCACAUGGCCAAGAUGAUCAUCAAACUCAUCACAUCCAUUGGCGAGGUUGUCAACAAUGAUCCCUACGUGGGGGACAAGCUCAAGGUGAUCUUCCUGGAGAAUUAUCGGGUAUCCUUGGCUGAGAAAGCGAUCCCGGCAGCUGAUCUCUCCCAGCAGAUCUCCACAGCUGGCACUGAGGCUUCAGGCACUGGCAACAUGAAGUUCAUGCUGAACGGGGCCCUCACCAUCGGCACCAUGGAUGGGGCCAAUGUGGAGAUGGCCGAGGAGGCGGGCGAAGAAAACCUCUUCAUCUUCGGCAUGCGGGUGGAGGAGGUGGAGGCCCUGAGUCGCCGCGGGUACAACGCACGGGAGUACUACGAGCGCUUGCCAGAGUUGAGACAGGCUAUCGACCAGAUUAGCAGUGGCUUCUUCUCCCCUCAAGACCCUGGAUGCUUCAAGGACGUCGUCAACAUGCUCAUGAACGACGACAGGUUUAAGGUGUUCGCUGACUAUGAAGCUUACAUUAAAUGCCAAGGCCGAGUGGACGAGCUCUUCCUGGACCCCCGGGAAUGGACCAGGAAAGUGAUCAGGAACAUCGCGUGCUCGGGCAAGUUCUCCAGCGACAGGACCAUCACAGAGUAUGCCCAGGAGAUCUGGGGUGUGGAGCCGUCAAGGGAACCAAUACCCCUCCCCGACCUGCCCCGGGAGUGAGCGGCGGGCAGGCCCGAGCGAAGG